AUGGAUUUGAUAAGCCAAUUGCCUGAGGAUUUGCUACUUCAGAUACUCUUAAAACUUGCUACGAGGGAUUCUGUUAGAACCAGUGUCUUGUCGACGAGCUGGAGAUAUCUUUGGCAAACUGUUCCUGGAUUGGACCUCUACGUGGGUAACUUUAGCUACAAUGAUGAGUUAGAGGGUUUCGUCAACAGGUUUCUAGAUUUGGAUAAUAAGAAACCACUACUCAUAAACCAAUUCAAGUUGGAAUUUGACGGCGGGCAAUAUGAGACUGAAGGAUCCAAUAUCAUCAACAAGUGGGUCAACUCAGUGGUUGCUCGUGGAGUUCAACAUCUUGUGCUUAUUGCUUAUUAUAUGCCUUUUUAUAGAUGGAAUGAUGACUAUCCCAUAAUGCUUCCGGGAAGCAUUUCUAUGUGUGAGACGUUGGUACACUUGGAGCUGGUCAACCUAGGCAUACAUAGUCAUGACUCCGUUUCUCUACCUCGUCUCGAGACAAUGCAUUUAAAAUCGGUUUGGUUUUCGAGUGAUGCGGCUCUUGAAAGGCUUAUCUCAUCCUCCCCACUUCUUCAAGAUUUGAACAUUGAAGAAAUUUGGAAUGUGGAAUGUUUACGAGUGCGGUCUCAGACACUAAGUAGCUUAAAUUUGAACGUGCCUGGUCAAAUAACUGGUCAAAUAACUGGGGUAGCGAUUGAUGCUCCCAGACUUAAGUGUCUGAGUCUCGAAAUCCGCCAGUUUAUAGACCUUGUGCUGAAUAAUGUAUGUUCUCCGAUCAUAGUGUCUUUUAAUAACUCUUCUUUCAUCGAAAGCGUUUUUAACUCAUCAACGAUGAAAACAUUACCUACAUAUCUCGCUUGGAUAUCGAAGGUCAAAAAUCUUAGCCUCGAUUGCUCUAUCCUAAAGGCCAUGUGUGCUUACUCGAAACUCCAACCACUGCCUGAGUUCUCUAACUUGACCCAUUUGAAAGUUCGAUUUCUUCACUCUGUUGAGUUGUUAGCAACGUUGCUCGCAAGUUGUCCAAACCUAAAAUCUUUACAGUUGUCGAUUUACGGUUACCUAGAUGAAGUGGACACCUCAAGCUCACAUGUUCCUAAGUGUCUCCUAACAUCGCUCGAGAUUGUUAAGAUAGUCAGCUUGAGUGAAGAUGAGGUCGCAACUGAGCUUGUCAAAUACAUCUUGGGGAAUGCAGCAGUUCUCAAGGAGCUUAAUCUUAAAUUCUAUUAUUGGGAAGGAGCCAAAUGCAGGCUGCAAUUUGUCGAGAAAAUACUUGCGCUUCCAAAGCGUUCUUCGGUUUGCCAAGUCACAUGUGCCUAAGUGUCUGCCUACAUCACUCGAUUCUGUUGAAGCUGAACUUGUCGAAUACAUCUUAUGGAAUGCACCAGGUCUCAUGAAUUUUUGUUCCCAUUGUCGGGGAUCUGAAGACAUAUACCAAGUUGUCAAGCAAAUUAAUAUGUUUCCAAGACGAUCUCCGGGCUUGUUGAGUAUUGAAGCUGUUUUCUUGAGCAAACCCAAGUGUAAACCUAAUUAUGCUUCUUAUUAGAU